AUGUCGACUGCGCCCUGCUGCCUUCGGCCUCUCCAUGUGGCGCUUGCCGCGCCGAGACGCAAGCUCCUCCUGAAAGAGCCCCGACUGGUUCCAGUCUCCAAGGACCAAACCACAAGAACUUGGGAUCCGAACCCUGAUUCGGGUCUCCACAGGCAUCGAGUCGAGGCCGCUGCCGACCGACACUUGUCGCGGCCGACGUCACGGAAGCGGUCUUGUCUUCCCGGCUUUGGCUCCCGAGUUGCCUCUUGCAGACCUCAAAGACAUCACCCCCUCAACCCCGAUGAUGGUAUCGCCGCUCUUCUGGGUCAUGGAGCCCCAAUUGACCGUCCCAAGACGUCAUUCUGA